AUGGAUCGAGUCAGAGAAGAAAACGGAAGACUGAAAAAAACAUUAUCCCACAUAAUGAAAGAUUACGAUUCGUUGAAAACGAAAUUCAACGGUCUAAUCCAAGAGAAUCACGACGUGCCGAAAAAAUUGAGAAAUUUAUCUCCUCCCGCCGUUGUUGCAUCCGAUAAUGAUGAUGAAUCUGAUAUGGUUUCUUUAAGCCUGGGAAGAUCGUUUUCGGGUGAUUUUACGAAGAGGGAUAUCGAGAAAAAGGGUAGUAUAAUUAAUCGUAAUGAAAAUAAUAAAGUUUCGGACGGGCUUGAACUAGGGCUACACUCGAAAUUCCAUUCGGAUAACGAUUCUACUGACCUGUCAAAGAAUCUUGUCGUACCUGAAAAUAGCUCCGAUGAAUCCAAGGAAGACGUAAACGACAGCGCACGUGCGUCUGAUAAAAUCCCGAAAAAUUCUAGAAGUGGAGAUGAUGAGAUUUUGCAGCACAUUCCUUUGAAGAAACCUAGGGUUUCUGUCCGAGCUCUCUGCAACACUCAAACGAAUAUACACGAUUUCAUGUUUCUGAAUUAUGUGGAGUUUAUUUAUGUUGAUUAG